GUUACUGUUUUAUACUUGAGAAAUGUUCCAUUCAAAUAUACUGAGGCGGAAGUUCACACCUGUGUUUGCAGUGUGGUAGGAUCUCGGAUAGUAACAAAGCUCCACAAAAUGUUGAACUAUGCUUUUGUUCAUUUUUCUAACAGAAGCGAUGCCGAAUUUGCGAAACAGAAACUCCAAAAUUUUGUUAUUGGAAACCGUCUAAUUGAAGUGGAAUGGGCAAUACCUCGUCGUUUUAGCAAAAAAAAUAGACUGAACUGUGGUCCCAACAAUUUUUGCACCUCUGUUCCUCCAAACAUGAGAAGACUUGUUCAGCAACGUCUAAAGAGUUUGGACUCUCCCAGCCGAUGUUCCAGCGUUCUUUCUUAUGAAAAAAAAUCCAAACAAUGCGAAAGUGUAUCUGAUAUUCUUAGCAGAAUGUCUUUACAGGGCUCAUCUAAAAGCUAUGUUGAAACAAGCAGUUAUAUCUCUGAUGAAAUAACAUCUGGAACUACAGGAAGUAAAUUGAAGCAAGUGAUGCCAAUUGAUUUGCUUUUAUCCAAUCUUCUUAAGAGGGGCACAAUAUUAUUUCCAUUGCGUGUUUUGUAG